UGUCAGUCAGGAGGUGGAGCAGCAACAGGUGCAACGCUGUAAAAAAAAAGAUCUUUGUACCCGGAAGGGGAAAAAAACCUGUAACAAUAAGCGACUCUUCGUACAGAGUUCAUUCUGUUUUUCUGGGAGCCGACCAGGACCGGGACAUGGAUCAGAGGAACAUCCAGCAGGAAUUUGAGGACCAGUUCAAUGAUGUGGUGUCCAGGCUGAAGUCCAAGCAGAUGUUCCAGUCUGACUGGGACAUCGCUUCUUUUGCCAUCUUCUUUAUCUUCAUUGGCGUGGUUCUCACGUUGGUCUUGCUGGUUCUCAUCCGGUGCUGCUGCUGCGGCUGCUGUGACGAUGAAAAGCCGCGCAGAAGAAAGGUCGGCAUAGAGAACUACGGCAUGGAGCCCUGAGCGACCCGGUCCGACCGCGAGAGGCUGAGCAGAACCAUCUCAUCCUCUUCCUGUGCCAAAAUGCACACUGGAAUCAAAACGCUUCAGACAGAAUGGAAUUCCUGCACAAUGUUGUUUCCGCAAAUGGAAAGUUAGCACACGUGAUCAUUUCCUUUUUCCCUGUCACAGCUUUGUGGGUUUUGUUGCCAGGUUACCGCAGAGCAGCUGGGAGACCUGUAUGUAGAUUUGCUAAAAUCAAAUUUAAUUAAAGGUUUUUACUGAGUAAUGAA